UUCCAGCUUGCAGAGAUUGCCUGGAAACACUGGAGGAGGUCUGGGACCUGACUUCACUUCUGCAAAGACACCUGGGGAGGUUCCCUGACAAGGGCAACUUUCAUCAGAUCUCAUGUCAAGAUUCACCUGGUGAGGUUUGCAAAGCAGUGCCUGCUGGAGCCCACCCACCAUGCAGGGAAGAGGCGGCUCCCACCAUUUCCCCAGCUCCUCUGACCAAGCAGCCUCUACCCCAGGCUUCUGCCAUUUCUCCAGGUUCAGUUUCCACUUACUCAGAGUCAUACCUGAGUGCCUCUCCAACACCAGAGCCUUUCUUUCCCCUGGACAGCCUUUCCCCUUCCCCACCAAGCCCGCCUCAUGGGAGAGCCUGCCCUCCACCUGCAGCACCCUGCUCUGCCCCAACACCAUCAGGCUCCAUGCUGAGUCUCACUCAGGGUGACUCCACGACACGCAAACUGGAUACCAUCCCACACAGGUCAUCUCCGCACUCCCCCUGGAGACCAGCCAUCCCAGGGCUUGUCCAUUCAAGCAGCCCUGGAUCGGCCCUGGCCUGGUGGCAGGAAGCAGCCACAGCCUGGAGCUUCUCCACCUCAACACACUUAGAGUCCCAGAAAGAAAGCCUUCCCCUCUACCCACCAGAGGCCUCAUUCUGGGAAGAUCCCAGAAAAAGGCAGGUAGAGGCUGGUGGCCUCGCUUUUAUCAACCCUAAUGUCCAGGAGCUGCUGGAAAUACUAAUCAGCAAGAGAGUGGAAAUGAAGUUUUGGAAGGAGAAAGAAAAGGACGAGGAGGCAGGCUACCACCCGAAUUCUUUGGGAAAGAGGAUUGAGUCGCUGGGUCACAAACAGGACACCUUGGGUGGCAAACAUGAUCAGCUGCUUGGUCCCAAGAAGCCCCCAUAUCCUGACACUUUGGGGGACCGUCUACGGAAGACAUGCAGCCAGCUCUUCUGGGGUCUCCCCUUUCUGCACAGUGAGUCUCUCGUAGCUGCUGUCACAGUACCUGGGUCAACUCUAGAGUUAUGCCCUGUCUUAUUUAACGAACGCUCUGAAGCCAAACCAUUCCAUAUUCCAGCUAAAGUAACUUCGCAACUGUCAUUGGCCAAGCACUUGACCCAACCUGUGGCCCAGGCUCAACCUCAAUACUUGACUCCUACCAUGCCCCAGUUGCAGCCAUCACCUCUGGGUCACAUGGAGACCCAGGCCCAACCCCUACCCUUAACUCCAAUCCUGCCCCAAUGUCAACCAUCAUCUGAAGUUUCACUGGAGACCCAGUCCAGCUCCCAAAUCGUGGCUUCAACCAUGCCUCACUCUCUACCACCAACUCGGGCUCACAUGGAGGCCCAGGCCCGACCCCAACUCUUGGUUCCAACCAUGCCUCACUUUCAGCCACCACCGCAGACUCACAUGGAGACCCAGGCCCGCCCCCCACCAUGGACUGCACUCACGCCCCAAUCUCAACCAUCACCUCGAGCUCACAUGGAGACCCAGGUCCGAUCCCAACUCUUGGCUCAAACCAUGUCUCAUUUUCAACUACCACUUCGGGCUCACAUGAAGACCCAGGUUCCACCCCUACUCCAGACUCCAUCCAUGUCCCAGUGUCAACCACCACAACCUCAAACUCACAUGGAGAUUCAGGACCAAUCCCUACCUUGGACUCCAAACAUGCCCCAGUUUCAACCACUUGUUCAGGCUCAUGUGGAGACCCAAGGCCGAUCCUUACCUUUGACUGCAACCAUGCCUCAAUGUCCACCAUCAUCUGAGAUUUCCAUGGAGGUCCAGGACCACCAACAACUCUCAACUCCAACCAUGCCCCAGUUCCAACCACCUCCUCGGGCUCACGUGGAGAUCCAGGCCCAACCGAUACCCUUGGCUCUAAAUAUACCUUACUGUCAGCCAUCUUCUCGGGUUCAUAUGGAGAUCCAGGCCCAACCUCAAUCCUUAACUCCAACCAUACCCCAAUGUCAUCCACAAUCUCAGGCUCAGUUAGAAACCACUAUCCAUCUAUCACCCUCCCCCCUAGUCCAGUCAUCAUCUUCUCAACGCCAGAUUGGCAUUGAGAAGUCCUUUGAAACAUCUUGCCCUACAGUCCCAAAUAAGGCAUCAUCUUUCAGUUCAAAUGCAGUUGAAAACCUGGAAUGUCACUUUUGGAAAAAACAAAUAGAAAGCAGGAGAACUUUACCCUCUUUGGUUAAAAAUUCUCGGCAAGUCUUUAGCCAGGUCACUCUCAACCCAUCCCAGGAGACCAGGUCUUCCCAGGCCCACAGCUCUGUCCCCAUCCUUCCUGGGUAUUUGAUCAGCCCUGAGGUUCCGAAGAAACUGGAGCACCACAUUUCCCAAAGGUUCAUGCAGCAACAAAGUGGCCUGCCCUGCAGAAUCCAAGCAUCUCAGAAACUGAUGCAGCCCCAGGAUCAAUACCCAAGGCCAUGUCAGGCACAGGGCAGGGAGGGGCCCUCAAGAUCCUCUGCAGGUCGAGGCAAAAGGAGCCAGGAUACACAAAAGAUGAGGUCCAAGUGCCCAGCACAAAUCUUACCAGGGACAGACCUGUGCCAUGAUGUAGGGCAGAGUGUGGGGAAGAUCGUAAAAGAUCUGUACAUGUUCCCAGCCAACCCUCCAGUGAAGGAUCCAAGAGCAAAACCUGCAUCAGAAAUAGAGUUGAGCCUAGACAGGAAGCAACCAGAAGUCUCAGGAGUCCUUACAGAGAGGAAGGCAGAGCAGAUCUGUAAGAGUGAGAUCCCUGUGAAUGUCUAUCACUUGAGGCUUGUGGACAACCUUGUUUUAGGCACUCUGGGAGAGACAAAUGCUCCCAUGAAGACAGAAAGUACAAAGUCCUCUCAGGAUGGGAAAGCCUCCAUGGUCACAUCCCAUGAGUCUCUUGUCCUCAGCCCGUAUACUGAGCAGGAGCUGGCAACACAUAUAAUAAGUUUUCGAGUGAGGCACAGGUGGAGCCUACUCUUCAAAGUCCUUAAGUUGAUAUUUCGCUUGAAGUUGAAAAAGGUUCAAGUGCCCACAUUGAAGGUCACCUGUGAAUCUGGAUACCACUCAACUGCCCUAUUAACCAAGGGCUUGGGAAAACCUCCUCAGCCCCAUGCAGGAGAGAAUCUGGUAACAAUGGAGGCAGUUCCCCCACUGGAGAGGCCCCUCCCUGUCCCCUCACAGGUGACUGAGGAAGCCCGGGGGGCUCUGGGAGGACGCGCACCUGGGGACACCCAUAAGCCCCCAGAGGCCCGUCUGACUGGCCAGGAAGAGAAGCCACCUCCUCAGGCCCCCACAUACAGCUUUGUGGGCAGAAUGUGGCAUAGCAAGUCUGUUGUGGAGGCUGAGAAAGGCAGCCUGGAGCCAAGUCCAAGUUCAGCCAUGGCCAGGAAUGAGCCACAGAAGGAAACUAGGGGACAGGCCUCCCCAGCAUCUUGCUCUGAUGUGAUAGUUGUGGAGCUUGAUGAAUGCUCUCCAUCUUCAAAGGCUCAAGAGGUCGUGGAGGGAGACUCUGCUGGGGAGGGCACCAGGGAACCUAGCGUGCAGGUCAAAUACCUAGACAUCAAUAUAGAUCUCUGGAGAUCACAGUCUCCAAGGUCCAGUGAAAGCCCCUCACUGAACACCGAAUCUGCUGCCUCAGAUACAGAAGAUCUACUCUUUGAGACACAGUCUCGUAAGCUUGAGUCUCAAGGGUUCACUGACCAGCAGGCUCAGGCUCAAGGCCGAGCUACCAGCGUGCUCCUUCAAGACUGUGAAACUGGAGUAAUCCUUCAAGACUGUGCCACCGAUGUGCUUCUCAAAGACUGUCACUCGAAUAUGUUUCUUGCCGCAGACAUCUUGGCUUCUCAGGAACCUCUGUCCAAUUUUCAGAUCUUAUCCAGUGGAGACAAGUGCAAUUCCCAAAAACUCUAUGAUGCUACCUCAAGUGAAGGGAGCAGCCAGGGGCAGCAGGUGGACAUGAGGCGACAGCCAUGUAAGAGCCAUUGCAAGGAGUCUGUUCCCAAGGAUGGGAGAGAGAAAUAUACAAGGCCCAAAUUAAGACAGAUUAAAAGGGGGCUGGCAGAGCGGAGGGCUUACCGAGCCCAAGGGAUGAGUCAUCCUGGCCAGAAAAAAGAAUCCCUAAGAAGCAAGUUUCGGCAGUUAGUCCUAAAGAAGAGACAGGUUCCAUCAGAAAGCCACUUCAAAGAAAAGAUCAAGCUCCUUCUGCAGUGGAUUUUCCCCAGUAAAGGCAGAGAACCAGAACAGCCCCUGCAAAAAGGCAGGCCUGAAACAGCCACCGUCCAGAGCCAAGAAUCAAUCAAGAGCAAGUCGACCAUGGACAGCAGGGCUGUUGAGGCUCAGACUCUCAUGACAGCUGUUGGGCAGAUCCUAAAGGAGAGGAUGGUGUUUCACCAGGGCCCUCAUGCCACGGAGUUAAACUGGUACCAGGCAGAAUUCCAGGACCCCAGAGGUCCACAUUACUGCCACCACAGAAUCCGGUCUUACCAAGAGGAAAGGAGAAUGAGGAGAGAUACACCCCGUUAUCACCAAGCCACCCCGACGGGCCAUAGCUUUUCAAAAAAGAGUAAGUGGACCAGUCCCAGGGACAGCAAGUGGGCCUUCUCACCCAGGGAGCCAGGUCCCCCUCCAGGCAGAGCCUGCCAGCAUGGCUCACGAGUGGCAUGGGUCCCAGGCCAUUCCCUCCACUGUCCAAGGCAUGGUCUCCCUCAGAAAUAUACCUCUUCUGGUGAAUCCGAACAUGCUUUUCACAGCAUUCUGGGUGGGAAAACUCUCCUCCAAGAAAAAAAUGCAUGCCAUGCAGAUAAAUACAUUUUUCUCCAACGUUAGCACAUCCUCUGUGUGCUAAAGGCUUCUUCCUACCAGAAAUUUUGUUUCAUGAAAUAAAUGUUUUUUUCUCAU